AUGAUUGUAAAAUUAUACAGUAUUCUUCCAAUUAAACAUAUCAUAAGGCAAGGAUGGAGAUAUCAAAUACCUAAAAUUAUAAAACGAAGUGCUACAAGUGGAAUAAAUUUAAAUCUUUCACCUAAAGAAAUAAUUGAACAAAAACAAGCCAAACAUAAAAGAAUUCGUAAAGAUGGUGUUUUAUAUAUGGCACAUAAUCCUAAGCCGAUUAAGAAUGAUACUAAAAAAGCCUUUUUUAAGAGAUCAGAUAAAGGUCUUUAUGCUAAUUGCUGUAUUCGGUUUGGAAAUAAUGUCCCAAAAUCAAAACAUAAAACUCGGAGAAAAUGGCUUCCAAACAUCCAGAAAAAGUCAUUAUAUAGUAAAGCAUUAAACACAUUUAUUCAAUUAAAAGUUUCAAUGCGUGCUCUCCGAACAAUUGUAAAAGUUGGUGGACUUGAUGAAUAUGUAACAGGAAACAAACCAGCAAGAUUAAAAGAACUAAGUGCCCGUGGCUGGGAACUCCGAGAAAUGGUACUGGCAGCACAAAGCUAUAAAGAUGCAUCCAAUGUAGAAGAGUCGAAGGAUAAAAAAGAAUCAUCUUAA